AUGCAGGCACAAAGGUCACGACAAGCUGACAAAGACAGCAAAGACAACACAGAUGCCAUCAUUACCCUUCUUCACGACUCGGCUCUCAACUACGAGUGGAAGCAUGGACCAAGAUCAGUCCUCAACAAGUCCCACUCGCUCAAGCAUGUCUCGCACUACGUUGAGAACCCUUCCCUCGUCACCUUCUCCUUGAAUCGGGUACAUGAGGAAAUUGCGACUCGGGAGAGGAGGAGGAGGAGGAUAGAGAAACUUGCGCCCCAUUGUCUCUUCUUCGUGUUCUACAUGGCAGCGCUGAGCUUGGAGAUGAACACGACCAGAGGUGAGAUGGCAACUAGGGCGAUCAGAGAGAGUCUGGUGGAGAGAAGCUUGUUUUCCAGCUCGCCCUCCCCGAGCUCGAACAGCAGCUGCCGGGACAACCUCGGUCACCUAGCUCCUGACGGAUGUGAUGUCCCGCUAGCCACCAACAUGAGUUUCCUCGACGUCUCAGACCUUGACAAGUACUGGAGCUGGGCUCGCAUGUUCGUAUCCUCUUCCUUCUACAAGAACUACUGGUCAAACGGACAAGCGAUGAGCGCGACUGAUCAGAACACGUGGUUCUUCCAUGUGAAGCCUAUUAACGGUAUGACUAUGGUCCAGAAACGUGUGGCGUCUGGAUAUGAUACAAGGAAUGAUGUCGGGGGCACGUGUUGGAAGGCAAACGGCGGGAGCUUGAGAUCAUUCGCGCCAGUGUGUUACGACUCUUUGAAGUUCUGUCUUGACCGGGAGUCUUCUUUUGGUCCUCCGUCGAGUCCCAGCAAGUUCGUGUACGAGGAGCGAAGCCCUGGCGUCAUGAAGAACUUCCCCUCUCUUGGGGGAUUUUGGCAGCAGCUGCCAGCAACGAGCAGGCAAGCGAGCUGCGGACAGGCUGUAGAGCAGGUGGAUGUGCUGAGAGGAGAUCGCUGGCUGCAGAGAAGCUCGCAGUGGCUGAGGCAGGACGUGACUUAUAUGAUCCCUGCCGAAGGGCUGUACGUCGUUGGCAGGUAUGACGAUAAUGGUGACGAGGAUGACGAUGGAGGUCAGAGGGAUAGUGAUGAUGGUCUCCAGGUGUACUUGUACAACACGGGGCACGUAAAACCUUUGUUCUUAUCAAGUGCUUCAGCGGUGGAGACGUACAACUUCAACUUCUCUUCUCGCAUCGGAAUGCUCAUCCUCGAGAUCUUGACGGUCUUGACUUGGUUGCUCAAUAUUGCUCAGAGUUGGCGAGUGCUGGUCGCGUACAGUAAAAAACAUCCCGACAAGACGAGGCAUGAAGCUUUCAUCAAGUAUUACGGGAGCUCUCUACAACAGCUGAUAUCAGAUGUUCAUCUCCUUGCCUUCAUCGCUGUUGUCGUCAUGCGCAUUUUGAUCGCCGUCGACCCGUACGCCAGCCACGAAUCAGUCAGUGCCAACAGCAUCACGUGGGGGAGUCAAGCGCUGCUGUUAGCGCAGACACGACGUUUGAUCGACGCUUACAAGCUCUUGAGCGCUAUCUACCUGCUGGUCUUGAUGGUGAAGAUUAUCUUCUUCGCUUCCUUUGAUGCCAGGAAAGUGACGGAGUUGUACGUUCCCUACAUCUUCUCUCACUUAAGGACUCCUAUGCUCAACUUCGCUCUGGUUUUCUUCAUCUUUCUCGCGUCUUUUGCCGUCCAGGCGACGCUUCUUUUCGGAGACCAGCUCUUGUCCUUCUCGGAUUGGGGCUCAUCUUUCCUCUCCAUGCUCCAAGUGCUCGUCAAUGGGCUGUAUGGGAACCGAUCGAAACAAGCUGCUGACCUCGACCGGGUCUUUGACGUUUCUCCGAACGUGGCUUGGCUGUGGUAUUACUCCUUCUGGCUCGCUGUGAUGUUUCUAGUCGGCAACAUGGCUGUCUCUGUCAUGGGUUGUGUACACGAGAGGAUACAGCAGCUGCAGAUGACGGCCGGCAGCGCCGAGCCAGACCAGCUGGACUCUGACGACUCAUGGAUCAACGUCUUCAAGGAAAGUCUCCGGCACAAACACAAAGACGCCGACAGAGCACUGCAAGACCUGGAGGCGAUGUUCGUCGACAUGGACUGCUCUGAUGUUGACGAUGUUCAAUCUACUCUGAACAACCUGGGGAAACAGUACAACCAGGAGUUGGUUACAGCAGCUCUUCGCACCUACCCUAGUGCAGUUAACGACUCCAACGACGUCCUGAGUGUCUUCGAGGAGAGAAAGUUCUUUGAGGCCUCCCAACGGCUUCACCUCAAGAGUUUGAACGAGACUGCAGAAGAGAUCAUCUCGAGUCAGGCAAGGUUCAACCACAAGGUGGACAAGCUGACGAGGUGGCUGGAGAUGUAA